GUGAGGGGAGCGCGAGGGGGCGGGGCGCGCGGGGCAGGGCGCGGCGCGGUAGUCGAACAGUAGCUCCGCGGUCCCUGUCCGGUGCGGACGUGCGGCACCCUCGUCUGCUCCUUCGUUCCGAGCACAAUAACAUUAUCGAUGCACCGCCCGUCGAGAUGAGCGUCCCUCCCCCCUGCGCGUCGCACUCCUCUCUCUCCCUCUCUGUCCGCGUGUGAGUCCACUUCGGCGCGAUGCUGCGCUCCCACCGGCCUCCCGCUCCUCUGCGAACGUGCACUCUCUUCCAUGCACUCUUCUUCUUUACACUCUUCCUAGAUCUCCCCUUCGCCAGAACAGACUGGAGUUCAGAAAGCUCCUCUUCCCCCGCGUCCCCUUCACCUGAACUGGACGCGGAGCUAGUCCGAGACGCACCCCUCUACCCCCCACUCCGCGACACUAACGAAAUUGAGCUCCCUUACAACGACGUAGAAACCAGCAUCGAAAGAGACCUAGUCACCCCCGACGAGACUGAACGCGUAAUCAAGAUACAAAACGAAGAGAACGGAGAAAGAGAUAAGAGAAGUACCGGACAGGAGUGGGACAGAACUAAGACUACGAGUCGUCGUGUUAAAACCGGGGACACGAUUCUAAACAUCCGCGGUGCUGUCCGGGACGCCAUUGGAGACGCCGGAGCUGCCCCCGGGCCACGGGCUUCGUCCCGACUGGACACGUUCGUCAUACGCCCGGCGCAACAACACCGGCCGCCCAUGCACGACCAGCCUAGAGUACAACCUUCGACCAGUCAAGUACCGAAGUAUGACCGGGAGCUAGUGGUGGAGGCUCACGCCCGCGCCGCGAUACCGUGCGACCUCCUGAACGUCACCAGCGUGAGGUGGUACAAGGAUAACGAGCAAAUGAACCUGCCCUCAUCGAGCGGUGGGGGAGAAGCAAUAUGGAAGGAAGCCGACACAGCCGUGGUAGGACGAGCCACACGAGGAGACGCCGGCAACUGGCGCUGUGCUGGAGUUGAUAAAGCCGGCAAGACCAUUGCUGGGAAACCGACCAGGCUGCUCAUCUAUGAGCCGGUGCGGUCGGUGUACCUAGCUGUGGACGGGCGGAGACUCGACGCGGGGAACACCUGGGUGCCGGUCCGGGACAAGACCGAGCUGGAGGUGCGGUGUGUCGCUGAGGGUGGAGCUCCUCCGCCGGAAUUGUCGUGGAGGCUGAUAGCGCUGGAGCCAACGUUGGACCAUCGACCGUAUCUGAGGAUACAUCACACUAAUUACUCUAUCGAGGGCGUGUCGGUGUCACACGCGGCCGUUACAGCAGCACGCGAAUUACAUAAUGCAACUCUACAGUGCGAAGCGAAGCAACGGAAGCCAAACCUGCCUCCCUCUAUAGAACCCACAGCCUCCCACGACGUGCAGACCGCUAAACUAGAGAUACACGUCACUUAUCCUCCAUCAUUCGUGAUAUCUCGCUGGCCUGGUUUUGGAGUAUCACUAUCAGCUGGAGGAGCGGCCGCAUUGAGAUGUGACGUCGACGCCAACCCGCCGGCCAGAGCGUGGUGGCAAAGGGACGAUGCCAGUCCCACAAGCUCCCCCCCUGCAGAGGAGGGUGGUGAUGCAGGUGUGGGCGCGGCCACACUCCGCUGGCAGACCCUCCGCGCCGCACAUGCGGGCUGGUACCGGUGCAGGGCGACCUGGCUCGACACGGACUACUCCUCCAUCGGGUACUACCUCAACGUGCUCUCUCCCGAGGAAAACACAGAACCAGUAACGGAGCCUGAAGAAGUCGAAGAGGAGCCAGAUCAUCAAAAAGUAGAGGUGGCUCUCGGUGGAAACGUGCAGUUACAUUGCCCCAAAGGUAGUGUUGGGUGCUGGUGGCGGCGUGUGGUCGGCAACUCCAGUGAGAGCUGGGCGCCGGCCGGCUCCCACCACGCGCACGGAGUGCUCGGUAUAAAGGAAGCGUUGUACCAGGAGGGAGGGGAGUACCGGUGCGUCGGUGCGCGGGCGCCUGAUCUCAUGCGGCUUCGAGAGCUGAAGAGGGUCACGCUCAGGGUUACCGGCGGCGCGACGGCCACGGCUCUGAGCGCGGAGCCGGCGCGCGGGGGCUGGCGGCUGGAGUGCGGCGCGUGCGGACGGGCGCUCCGCGUGCUGUGGCUGCGGCGCGGGGUCACCGCCCCCGCCGACCUGCUGCCGGACCUCGCCCAGCACUGCUGGAGAGCCGUGCUACACGUCACCGAGCCUGAUGAGGUAUGGUGCAUAGCGGUAGGGGGGAGCGGGGGCGGCGGGUCGGUGGCGGUGUUCCCGCGUCGCGCCCCGCAUCCCUCCCCCGCGCCCGCCCGCCACACCGUGCGAGCUCUGUACAACAACGCACAUCGCAAUCUACCCACCCUAUUCCUUAUAUUCAUACUAACACUCGUUUACCAAUUGAAAAGCCGUAUAUAAUGCCAGAUCAAGUGACGUUCUACCAAUAAUCACAUUUCUAUGAAACCUAUUCAUUGUUGUCGCAACUCGGAAUCAGCAAUGUACUUUUCAAUGCGUGAAGAGAUUUAACAGAAUGACACGGUUAGGUUUAAUCCACUCUAGAUAUUGAAGUCGGUAAUGAUGAUCUGACUGUGUGGGACCCGAAUGAGGGUAGGAACGUAGGAGGAGGUGUGUAGGUUUGUCUUGCUGCUAGGACUAUUAAAUGUUUUCUUCGAGUAAUCAGUGGGAUAGUUCUUAAUCGUAUUAGAGCUGUGGUUAAUAAUGUUUUGUGGGUAGCUUGGUGUAUUUAAUGAGGGGUUAAUGAAUUGAGAUGAACAAUAGCAACAGAAUACCAAAUUUUACACUAUGCACACUAGACAGGAUUCAAAAGUCUGUAUGUAAUCAUUUUACUUUUAUCAGACAGUAGCCGUAUAUAAGAUUUGGAUUCAGAAUUGGCAAAUUAUAGCAUUGCGCUAGGGUUAUUUGUGUCUCGACCAAGAUGUCAGACCGCUGUUGCGUCUGUGUCAGCUACUGACUUAUGAAAGGUAUAAUUACAUAACAUAAAGUGUUCACAAGAACUCAUUAUAGGCAGCUUUUUACGAAUUCAACAUUUUAAUGAGCUGAUCCCAUAGCACCACUGAUUGUAUAUCUAACCGUGCUAAUAGAACGAAAAAUGGAAAGUCAUCUCAAAUCAUUUAAAUCUAACGAAUUUUAUCAAACAAAUUGUUUGUUACGUUCAAACGGUGAAUAUCCCUUCUCUUGAUUCCAAUCUAUAAAUAAUAUACGAGUAUAUUUGCGGGUAUUACGAAAACUUCAAGAUACUGAGCGUCGUUUUGUGCUACAUGAUUUUACUUUAUACAAAAACUUAAAUUAAGCUUUAACAAAGUUCCAAAUUAUUUUCAAAGCGCGUUAUAUCGACGAUGGCCAUCAGCAAACUGGAAAAAAUUGAGUAACUGCACGAGAAAGCGACGUUUUGUACUCACAAUUACGUCUUAAAAAUGAACUGCUUAAAAUGUGAUUUAUUUGUUUGAUUAGCUGUUUUCUAGGUUUUUUGACUCGCUCAUCCUAGCAAUGAGACAAUUCGAUGCGACAUGAGACAGCAAUGACAUUGGUAAAAGAAUGUUAGCCCACCUAUUCAAAAACCACUGCAAUAGCUUGCUCUGCUAGUGCAAAAUAAUGAAUAUCGUGUUUUAACAGAUUCUAACAGGUUUUUGUAAUACCGUGUGGUAUAUGAUUAGAUAUUCAUAAAUAGUUUACUGUUAUUUACAAAAUGACGUCACUACCUUACCUUUCUCAGUUUUAGUCCCUGUAGCGUCUAUUGUAUCACUAAUAGUUAUUUGUUAUCCUAGUAUAUGUGUAUUAGUAUUAAUGUGUUCGUUGCUAUAUAGGACCUUAUCCUGAUCGAGUAUGUCAUAAUCUGCAUCAGCAUGCAUAUUUAUGUGUUCCUAUCAGUGAACAAAAGCUAUCGUUUGAGUUUAAUGAUCUCAUUGUAAGUUUAUUGACUGUCAAUAUAAUUGCAACGAACACACUUACAUUAUCUAACCCGUGUCUUCUGUGUUAGUUACUUUUACUCUAUUCUCUUUGAUCUAAUAUUUAUGUAAUUUAGAAGCAGGAAGCGAAUGUGCCAAAUCGUUGUUAUUAAUGAAAACAUUAUUAGAUUUUUUUCAUAUAUUUGAUCUUGAAUUAAGUAUUACGUUUGUAAGAAUGAGAAUUUCUGUGCAAUGUAAACACCAAAGAUUAAUUAGUGAUUAUUGUAAUGUGUGAGAUGGAUGAGUUUAUGCUAGAUGUUUAGUAUUUAUUGUGUAAGUUUCAGGGAAAUUCAUAUUAAAUAAUUAAUCGCCAAAAACAGAUAUAUUGGACCACUAAUUGGACCACGAAUGAAAGUUAUUAUAAUUAACUUUCGAAGGUAAGGUUCAUAUUUAAAAGUCAAAGAAGAUGUUACAGUUCAUUAAAUAGUUCCUGUCUUCGAAAAUUAUCUCGGUAUGAAAUUCCCUUAAACAAAUCGCCGAAUGAAUCCAAUAGUAACGCAAGUUGAAUUUGAAUGCCCAAAACUGUGACUAAAAAUAAGAAGAGUAUAAACAUAAUAACCAAAUUUCAACAUUAAGGAUUUGAAAGACCGAUGCAGAAAAUAAUGCGCGCGUUCUCGGUGUACCUGCUUCAAUCAGUGCGUUUGGCACUCAAUCAUUUGCAAAACUAACUAAGGUUUGUAUAAAUUGACCACACUCUUUGAAGGUAAACAACUGUGGCGUGUUCCUAGAUGCGUAAUGAAAUUUAUAUUUACUUUUAAAGUAAAAUGAGAACGCGGCUUGCGCGGACUGAUAUUAGUGAAAUAACAUGAUCUUUAAAACCGGGCCGUAAUAAAGUUCUAUGUGGGUCAUACAGCAGUGAAUGUGUUGAAGUGUCUACUUUUGACUUGUGCUACUAUUCCGUUCAGUACGCGAAAUGUCCAAGUUAGCUAUUUAUACCCCGUAUAUUUUGUAUAGAUGUUAAAUUCGUAAAUUUAAUAAACGAUGUAUCAUAGCUUAAAAUGAGUCGUGUAAUAUUCGAUGUCAAUUGUAGACGUCCGCUUAGAGACGGACGGGAUUUUGUAUGAAAAAUGUAUUUGCUAAGGAAUUUUGCAACGAACAAAGAAAUGUUCGAGAGUAAAUCAGGCUUUGGAUAAUUGAGUUCCUAUUGUUUCUUGUGUAUCAUUGUUUUCUAAAUAAAAAGAUAACGAUAGAAUUGGAAAUCACCAAUAUUGGAGCGACUUGUUGUCUUUUUUAAAUAAAGAAAUAGUGAAAAUGACAUAAAUAAUUAGAGUAUGACUUAAUUUAAAAAAAAUCGUUAAUUUAUUUUAAACAAUUGUUGUGUUCCUCCUUUAUCAAAAUUCAACCUUUAACAUUGAUACCCCAAGACUUAAAUUCAUUCAAUGUUUCGUCUUUUGUUUUAUUUUUACUGCUUUCAUGUAAAAUGGAAAAGAACGAUUUUUUAAAUAUUUUGUUGCAAAACAUUAAAACUCGUCAAUAGCUGGGAAAGCAAAGAAACUAAUCAAACACAGGUCUGAAGGCAAAAUCUGUAGCAAUAACCAUCUUAUGAUUGUAAAUACUUCAAUGCAUUCUGAAUAAAUUAUUAUACUAGACUGUAAUCAUAAAUUAUUCUAUUCUUUGUGCCAAAUAUCAUCGAAAUAUAUAAAUAAUCAUCAUAUGCCAUGUUCAAAGAGUAAAUGAAAUUAAAAUGCUAUUAUAAAUUUGCUGCAGCAUCUCAUGUUCCCUCUGAAAACAAAAUCUAAUUGUAAACCUGACAGUAAUUCAGUCUGGAAACGAAGUGUGAGUAAUAGAAUAAUGUGAAAAGGUAUUUUAGUCAAAACAUGAUUUGACGUACAGUUAACAUAAAUUUCUGACAAGGAAAGUAUCCUAAACAACUCAUGAUCAUGUCAUGUAUGCUCUUUGCCAUGGGAUGGCUGGUUCAAAUCUAUGUAGGUAUAUUUUGCAAAUUUUUAGUUAAGUUUCUUUUUAAGACAUUAAUUGACAUGGUGAUUAUUACUCUCUGUUUAGUAGUAUAUUACUACAAAUAAAUAUCAUUUUCCAACUUCAAAUUCCCAAUAUCACACAACGUGUGUUCACAUUCACAUGCUGUUUUGCCAAUUCAAAGGAUACCAUCCCAUAGGAAGCUAAUAUCAGGCAGCUUUCUUAGCUGCGAAAUUUUGGUAAAAUACAAUUGUUAUUGUAAUAAGAAAACUGAAAACAUGGGUUAUUAUAUAAAUUAAAAGAAAAUGACUUCAAUAAAUCAGUUAUCAAGAGUCGAGAGGUCGGGUAGGCAAAAUCGGGUGAACGAGUAAGCAUGCAAAACAAGGGCAACUCCACGAAUUGGCCAACUAAUUAUUUUUGCAUUUACUCCAAGUCAGUUUUACUGAAUGGGGUUCCAACUGCGGACACAAAGGGACCCUCGUUUCCAGGGUUACAACGAGAUAAGCGCGUGACUGAUUUUAAAGCGAUUCAUACUGAAACAUAUACAUACUUAUUGUAGUUUAUGUUCUCCAUAUGUCAAUUGACUGAUUGUUUGUGUUAAAAACAUAUUAUUUAUUACUUUAAUAUUUUUUGUCAUUUUCACAUCGAAAUCUUAGCUUACAAUAUUGGUAGAGCAUCCACUAAAUAUUAUUAAAGUUGUGAUUAAAGGAGCGGGCGUGUCGCGGGUUGUAAAUCAAAUUAUAUUGAACGUUGGAGAGAACGGAAAAAACCAUUAUAUUGGUUUAGUUAGUUAGUAGACGAGAUAUAUUUUUGUACAGAUAAUUGAAUGUCAAUUGAAUUGUUAUAAAUGUUUCAUGUAUCUUGAUUCGAUUUACGAUUUACCACAAAAGGUUCACCUAAAAAUCAAAAUGUUGUAUUUUAUCCAUUUAGAUAGGGUGCUAUAUAUAAAUGCUUAUUACGGAAAGCCUAACAUCGACAAUAGAUACAUGAAACGAAUCGAAAGUAUAAUAGAUUCGUUGUUUGGUUUGUUGUACUUGGCCAUGGAACUUAUCCGUCCAAAACGGGAUUCGAUGUAGUUAGUUAAGGAAUCACUCUUCUAUCCCUUUUCACCUUCUAGUCAUCUCCUGAGGCUUCUAUCAGAUCCCCGUGUAGAAAUAUUUUCUUGUUUCCAUUUUUUUAGAAAAGGAAAUGUAUCACGCGUGAUAAAUCUUUAUUUUUGUAGUACUUUGAACCCUUUUCCUUCAAUUUUUCAGUCCCUUGUGUAGACACCGCGACCCCCGCCUCCUCUGCUUUACUUAGAUGAUGUAUUGCUCUUGUCCGAACAAUAUUUAUAACUUUCAAGAUCACUCGAUCAAUAUUACAAGUUUAUUCUUUUGGAGACUUUGUAUUGUCGUUCAAAAUAUUUGUAUAGUAUAUAAUUUUAAAUGUUUUUUCCUGUAUUCGUUCAUAAUAAAAUCAGGAUCUUGUUUAGUCCCUACAUAAAGUAUGUGUAUUAGGCGGCGAACAAGUAAUUAAAUAGGUUUUGGCAGAAAAGAAAACACAGAUUGUAUUUUAACAAUAAACCAACCGUAUUAUAACUAAAAAACAGUACAUAGAAUAACGAAAUAUAAAUGUUUUAAUCUAAAUUAGGCAAGAAUGAAUCCAGUUCUCAAACUAGUCGGAGAAUGUUUUAUUACUUUCAAAUUAUCCAUAAAAUCGGAAAUAAGUAAACGAUAUUUUUAUGAGAAUGUCCAUCGGAGUGUGAGACUGAUAUUGUUCGCGCGAGACCGACGUCCCUCCCGCCGCGCGCUGCCGUGCCAAUCUACUACGAUGUGUUUAGGUCGUAGUUAACUCUAUAGUAUUUACAUUUAAAUAUACAUCUAUUAUGUUAAUUUAAUAUGAUUGUUGUAUCGGUGAUGGACAUAAACAUUUUUAUCUAAUAAAAUGAAUACCCUAAUAAAUAAUACAACAAAA